AGGAGGAUGACGGGAAGAACUGAAAAUGGCGGCUUUUCGUAGGAGUGUGUGUGAACUUCUCCGCGCAAGUUUAUGCCAAAAGGUGGUUUCUCCGCAAAUGACAAGGACAGGUUUCUAUUUGAGGACAUGCUCCACAUCAGUGGGAAACAACACAUCCAAAGGUUACAAGUAUUUGAGAGACAGCGGUAUUGUUGUCGGCUGUUUUGCUUGGGGUUAUGUCAUCGGUAAAUUCGGAGUCCCCUACAUCUGGCCAAGUACGGAUUCAGCUGACAAGGAGAAAAGUUCGAUUGUGAAAAAAGUGGACGCUGCAGAGCCUUUCUAUGGAGGGGAAGGAUACGGAGGAAUACCAAGGUCCAAACAGUUUAAUUUCAUCGCAGACGUUGUGGAAAUUGCGUCACCGGCAGUGGUUUACAUAGAAAUCCAAGGAAAGAAUCCAUUCACAGGGGGUCGAGCUCCCACCUCUAAUGGUUCUGGCUUCAUUGUACGUGAAGACGGCUUGGUAGUAACCAAUGCUCACGUCGUAGCGAAUAAGAGGUAUGUGAAAGUCCGGCUACAGGACGGGAGACUGCUCGAUGGUGUCGUGACACUCGUGGACCAAGCUGCGGACAUUGCAGCAGUCAAGAUCAUCAACUGCAACACACCACUGAAAACAGUCAAGCUCGGUAACUCCUCCACCUUGAGGCCUGGGGAAUGGGUGGUUGCCAUGGGGAGCCCACUGUCGCUUAGCAACACCAUCACAGCUGGCGUGAUCAGCUCCGUGCAGAGGGGCAGUCGUGAACUUGGACUCCGACACAACGAUAUGGACUAUAUACAGACAGAUGCUGCAAUCAAUUUUGGUAACUCAGGUGGCCCUUUGGUGAACUUGGAUGGAGAGGUCAUUGGGGUCAAUACCAUGAAGGUCACAACUGGGAUCUCCUUUGCCAUUCCCAUUGACAAGGUCAAGGAGUUCUUGAAGAAUGUGGAAGAGAAGGAGAAAGCCCAGAAAGGAUGGUUUGGUAGAGGACAGGUUGCUCCUCCCUCCCCGCCCAAAAGGCGGUACCUUGGUGUCACCAUGGUUACGCUCACACCCAACAUCAUCAUGGAGCUGCAGGAGAGGAGAACAGACUUCCCUGACGUGCGGACUGGAGUACUGGUGCACAGGAUCAUUGUGGGGUCACCUGCAUACAGUGCGGGUAUCCGUCCUGGCGACGUCAUCACCAGUAUCAACGGUCGACAGGUGACGUCAGCACGAGACAUCUACGAUGCGGUAAAUAGCGGGCAGCAGCUGAACAUCACCUGUCACAGGGGGAGAACUGUCCACCAUCUUCAAGUCACACCUGAGGAGGCUGACUGAGGGGGGUUGAUUUAGGGGGGACCUCAUCUAACACAUUGUCUUGUAUUUACUACUACUGCUGCUGGCACUGAUCAAAACACAGCCUGACGUAAUAAUACAAUGCCACCUUACAUUGUGGGUGGAAACACAUUCAUAUGUACAUGUAGUAUAUAUAAACAAACUUAACCUUUUCAUUCAUGUUGCUUCUUCAGGACUAAAAGUACCAAUACGUAUACAGAGGAGUUUCCAAACAUAUGUAAAUUGAAAUUUGAAAGCUUUCUUAACAUGUGUAUGGAAGAAGUGUUUUAUUAGUUGUACUAGUUACACCAAGGAAGUCAGUCCCUUCAUCAGGAUAAUGCACACAUUUGAACAAGGAAUGUUCAGAAUUGUCCUCAUCUUGGCUUUGUAUGUACAUUGUACAAUAUGUAGUUUUUGUUUGAUGUGUCAUUUUGAGGUGCAUAAACUGUUAGGUAAAAUUGAAAAAGGACAUGUUCUUCUACUAACCUGUGACCAUCUGCAAGAUUGAGUAUGAUGAUGAUUAAGAGGAGGAUUUACAUAGUUUUAAAUGAGAAGUUGAUAACUGGUACUGAUAAAUUAUUUACGUUGAAUUUAAUAGCACAACUGGGAGACAAAUGUGUGUACAACUUGGAAAGUGAUGCAUACUUCAUCUUGUGUACUUGUGAACAUUUGGUUUGGUUGUUGCAAGGUGCCAAAUUGUUUUGGUGUACAUUUACAACACCUCAUGGGCAUUUGUUGAAAUUUUGUGAUUUACAUUAGUUGAAUCGGUUGUAACAUCCUUGUGGAGUGUAUUCUGAUAACUUGUAAACUAGUAAGAUCAUGGUAUCUCAUUCAACCCUUGAGAAAAUAUAUUUUGCCCAAGUAGAAACUUAAGAGUACUCAUUAAAAGUAGGCUGACUCCUAACUAGUGACUUAACAUCCUUGAUUUCGGUUGCAAAUGUUGUCAUUUAAAUGCAUGAGAAUCUUACCAACAGAGCCCCAAGAGUUGGAGUUGUUCAUUAAAACGAUAAUGUUAUUCUGUU